UCUUGUGUAGUAAGCAUUGCACUGAUUAGCAGUCGUUGCCGUUUGAUUCUCGGUCUGUAGUAUUGAUGACAGUCCAAAAGUAGAACACCUCUAUUAAUUUCUAUCUUCAAUUUAAGCCCAAGGCCAAUCGACAAACCACGUGUUAUCAAUCGCUUCUCACUUCGGUGGUGUCCCAAAUCUGGACUUUGUGGGGCAAAGUCGAAUCAUAAACUCACCUACCUUCCGUUCCAAUUCUCCUGCUAUGCAUAGCAGUAUUGCUGGUGAAGGUCAUCCCUUUGGGAACGGCAAUUAUCAGGAGAGGGCCAUAGUAGAUAUCUUUCCUAUCUUGAUGACUCAAAUUCCACCCUCCCUCAUUCCAUCUGUUGUGUAAAUAAAGAGCACCGAUAUUUGUUUGCAUGUUUGCGGCCGUAGCCGGUGCCGUACUCUCUGUUGUGGUGAUGGUGGGAAAAGGGGCACGACACUUCUCUCCACCACGAUGAAGCAGUAACGCACGUGGAAAGCUGUUGCCGCUCUCGUCGUCCAAACGAGGAAGAGCCCCAAUGUAAACAACCGGAACGUUUUGCUCCCCAACCAUGCGACGAGGAGGGGACUCCAGCGCGAAGAGCUGUUCCUCCAUGAAGUCCAGAUUGCGUAAAUUUUCGUGUAAACAGCAUUUGUCACCGCGGUUCGCGUGAAAACCGCGAACGAGGGGUGCGACAGUGAUGGUUUGGGUGAGGUUUCCGUAGAUCGUUAGAUGUGCUCUGAGGAACCCCUCGUUAAAAGGUGGAUGUGAUUGUGAACGGGGGUGGAGUUGCGUGUGAACGGUGUAAUAGUAAUAAAUCGUUUGGUAUGUAUUUUUUUUUUCUGUUUAAUUUCUCCCAUUUCGUAGCCGUUCCGCCCAUCUUCGUCGUGCUUGAUGUUUUUACUUUCGACCACUACUGCGAUCGCAAAGGUUAUUGUAUGUUGGACUUCUCGAUUUUAAGGUACGGCAACUCAUUUUCACCAAAGAUGAGCCUAAAAGCAUCUUUUGAAGUAGAACUACAUGACAGUUUGAAUAGCUUUAGUCGUCUUUUUACACCUUUCGUUGUAACAUUCUCGGUUAACUCGUCAUUUCUCAAGAUUACCUUUUGAAACUGCACUAAUCAGAAGAAAAAAGCUAGUUUACAGAAGAUGUUCAAAACAAGUCAUUGUCCUCUUGAUAUUUAUACCUUCUUUUAUUACCUUUUAUAGCCUCGUCUCCGCGAAACCAACCGGGCCGGACGCGAAGCGAAGCGACGCAGCACUCGCACUCAUCAGCAGCCCAUAACGAACGCGGUCAAGCUUUGUUUGGGCCGUGGUCCGUCCCGUCGUCGUCCAGUUUUCGUUUCUUUUGUUUUCCUCGGUGAUUCGUUCGUUCGCUCGCGCAAUGAGUAGGCGGUGGCGGUGGUCGAACCGGCAAAUCCCCCCGACGGCGACGCGUCGAUGCUUUAAAUGCUUCAUCGUCCGGUACGCGUCUUUUCCUUGCGUUGUUUUCGUUCGUGUGUUUGUUUUCAUUAUUGCUUUUGAUUUUGUUCCCGGCGUUUUUCGAGUAUCUCACCGAGGCAAUUUAUUGGCUGACAGUUAUUAAAAGUAAUAAGAAAAUGUUUCGCUUGGUUAGGAAAAAAACUGGCAACGAAGCAACGUCGAUGAUGAUGACGGCCAGAGACCCGUGGCGACGCGACGACACGCCGCAUGAUGAAUGGGCACUUCGCUGUAUUUGUUUUUCUCGGUCGGAUAAAAUGCGAGAAUUUUGACAGCUCGCCUGGGGGUUAUCCACGCGCGGAUUGCAUUCCGAUGCAUGUCGCAUGUGCGCGCUGCUGUAACAUGUGUUUUCCGAAUGACGCGAGAUAACGGUGAGUGACCGUGAGUGGCCGGUGGUCAACAGCGGCGCCGGCGUCAAAGUUCGGGUCACUUCGCGGCGGUCACCUGGUAGAGUAACGGCGAAGCAAUCCGAACAGUACGUUGUGGUCACCGAGGUUACCAUGGAGAUCACGUCCAGCAAGAAGCGUAGCGUACCGUGGUUUCCGGUGACACAGAUUUGUCAGGACGGGCUACUAGGAUGGGAUCCAUUGCGAGCUUGAGCGAACAGUAAGCGCGGAUUAUGCCUCGCAACUGUAAGUUCACAAUGCCCUAUCCACGGAAUUCAAAUCAAAGUGGAUCAAGAACGAACCGAACGGUUGAUAGGAAUUUCCGUUCCGUUUUCGAGGUGCCGUCUGAGCACGUCGUCGUCGUCGGUUGGAAGCAAUAGGAUUACAAAAACCGAUGUCCUGCGAUGACCACCGGUCAGAAGUGGCUCGGCUACUGUGCGGUUCGGACGCGUGGACUUCGGGACACCGUGGAGUUCUGUCGACUGUUUUUGCGUCGCGCGCGCGUUCCACACCUCAUCCUCCUUGCGGGUUCUUCUCCUCGGCAUUUAGUGGAUAUUCUAUUUCAGUGAUUGGUGUAUUCUAGGCAGGGGGAAGCCUAAGCAGCGGUGAUUGUGUACUUAUGGAGAGUGUAUCAAGUGCCUAAAGGAGGUUAAUUGGAUUAUUCGGAGCAGCGUCUCAAGCUGUGUCAUGACGGGUUUGAUGGGCACUUAAUUGCAUACCUGAAUGUGUUUUAGUGCGACGAAGAAAAUUUAGUGAAUCUGUGAUCCAUGAGUAUUUCAGUGAAAAUAGAAUCAGUGCAAAGAUCGAUAAAGUGUCCUAACCGUUGAACCGGACCUCAAAGAAACCCUAAGGAAUAAUUCCGGCCAUCCAUCAUCGCGCGGCAGUCGAGGAAGUCCGACUCAGAAAAAAAUUUUGACAGUUACGAGUCGACGGGAAACAACACGCGGAGCGGACCCGAACAAGCUGGCGGUUGCGAAAUGUAAGUAAACAACACCACUCCGCAGCAUGGUUUCGUCAGGCGCCACUACUGCCGCCACCGGAUUCAAACAGAGUAGGCCGUCCGCACCCGGUAAAGGGAGUACCAGCCAUGUUUUGGGGAAAUAAAUAAUCGCAGCCUGCUUAGAGUCACGAACACGUGUGUGAGUGUCGGACCAAAUGGUCUAAAAUUUGGCGCGAAAAAGACUCCGACAAUCGCGCGGAAAGGAAGUGGCGGUACAACAGAAGAAAAUGAUUAAUUACCCGGCAGUUCCCAGCAGCGUCCCAAAGCCCCCGAAACAGUUCAAGUCGUGAAAUGUUCCCGUCCGUGCCCGUGGACGGAGUCGGGGAAAGAAACGAAACCGAAAUAGGGCAACUGCCACAUAAUUGCCCCAUGGAGGGGUGACGUCACCGUUACCGCCGACGUUACAUGCAAAGGGCAUCCGCACCACGCCACAAGUGAAAGGAUCACGUGACGUUUAGUAAUUAGCUGCAAGUGCAAGUGAAGUGUUUUUGUUUUCUUCUCUACGUUGUGCAAGAGAAAAGUGCUGCUGGUGGAGUUUGCGGAAUUCCAGGAAGGACCAGGGGCGAUUUUCGUCGGUCGUCGACGAAAGGUCCCGGAACGUGGAAGAAGAAGAAGAAGUGCCCACACCAGGAUGACCAGGAGAUACGGAGAUAAAAGAAUGUUCCUCACCUUCGUCAUGUGGCAGUGUUGGCUGCUGGUCGGUCUCAUACAGCGAACCGUGGUCGGUCUGGAUCCCAAGUUCGAUCCCUCGACGCGGAUGCGGCUGGUGCUGGUGCCGGCCGAUGCCGCCGUGGGCUCUGUCAUCUACCGGUUACGGGCCACCGACGAGGAGUUCGAGUACCCGCUGCAGUUCGAGUUGGUUGGCGACGCCUCCUCCUCCACGGUCCAGAUCGAAACCCUCCCUUGCACCAAGUUCAAUUCGAUCUGCCAGGCGAACGUGAUCCUAACGCGCCGCCUGGAAGCCGGUCGCUACUACGACUUCCAGGUCUCUGUAAAGGACACCAAGGGCGGCAUGUCCAUCCAAGCUUGUUCCAUCACUGCCACCAACUUUAGCACUCCGCAUGACCUGAUUUUCCCGCACAAAACCGGAAUCAUCAUGGUGCCGGAGGAUGCCAAAAAGGGAACCGAACUGGACUACGUGCUGGCAAACAAGAAUCCUCUUCUGCCAAAGCCUGUCUAUCUCGAGCUCUGGGGUUCGCCGCUGUUUGCCAUCCGACAGAAAAUCAUCUCACCGGAGAUGACCGAGGGGACCAUCUUCCUGCUGGGGCCACUGGAUUUCGAGAAGCAGGCCAUGUACCACCUCACCGUUCUGGCAAACGACGCCUACGCCGAGCCAGGACAGGACUCGAGGAACAUCGCCGGGCUGGAGGUGGUCAUCAUCGUCGAGGACGUUCAGGACGUCCCGCCGGUUUUCACGGUGGCACCACCGGUGACCCGGUUGCCACCGGGGCUCAUUCCGGGCGAUAAGGUCCUGCAAGUCCACGCCGAAGACGGAGACAAGGGUGUUCCCAGGGAAAUUCGGUACGGAUUGGUUUCCGAAGGCAAUCCGUUUACGUCCUUCUUCGACAUCAAUGAAACGAGUGGUGAAAUUUCCCUGUUGCGCCCACUGGACGACAUCCUGGCACUCACGCACGUCGGUGACCCGGUCCUGUUGACCGUUAUCGCCGAGGAGGUCAAGGUCGCCCGCGAUGAGCCUCCGGCUAUGGCGACAACCGUGCAGCUGGCCUUCUUCCUGCCGGAACGCAGCAACUCGCCGCCGUACUUCGAAAAUGACCAUUACGUCACUCGAUUGGAGGAAAACAGUGCACCCGGUACGACGUUGUCUUUCACGGAUCCCUACACGCCCCGGGUGAUGGACGACGAUGCCGGCAAGAAUGGGGUGUUUUCGUUGACACUGCUGGGAAACAACGGGACGUUCGAGAUAUCGCCGAACGUGGCCGAGGGCCAUGCGAACUUCGUGAUCCGGGUGCGGGACAACUCACUGCUGGACUACGAAGCGGCGGAGUACGUGCAUUUUCAGAUUCUUGCCCAAGAACUGGGUCCAGCAACGAACCUGUCUGCCUCGGUCAACGUGACCGUGUACCUCUCCGAUGUAAACGACAACGCCCCAAUGUACGAACAGAACGACUACAUCGUAGACCUACCGGAGAACAUGACCGCCGGGACCAGAGUCGUCCAGGUGCAUGCCACCGACGUAGACACCGGCCUUGGCGGUAAAAUCCGCUACACCCAAAUCCUCGGCCCCCAAAACACUUCCCUCAGUCUGGACCCCAUCUCCGGGGUCAUAACCGUCGCUACCAGUAAUCACGGUUUCGACAGGGAAUCCAUGCCCGAGUACCACCUCUACGUGGAAGCUCGCGAUAACGAAGGCAUUGGCAACCGGGCACAAGUCCUGCUCGUCAUCCGUCUCAUAGACGUCAACGACGAGACACCAACGUUCGAAAAGUCGCUCUACGAAUUCAUCCUCUCGCCCAACCUGCGGAACUUCACCGUCCCUGCUUUCAUCAAAGCCAUCGACAACGACGCCGAAGCCCCGAACAACGAGGUCCGCUACGAGCUGAUCUACGGAAACUACGAAAACAAAUUCGAGCUGCACCCGAUCACCGGCGAACUCAAGCUCACAUCCGCCCUGGUGCGGCGGAACAAACCCGUUCGCCAGAGGCGCCAAACUAGUCAACAGUCUUCCGAAUCGGACGUGUUCGUCCUCACGGCCCGGGCCUUCGACCUGGGCGUUCCGGUGCGUUUUUCAACCACCACCAUCCGCGUCUAUCCGCCGGAAAGCCGCACCCGAACGAUGACCUUCAUCGUGUCCGGACACGAUCCGGAUCGAGCCAAGGUACAGGAAACGCUGGCGGACGUGACCGGUGGCCGCGUUAUCAUCCAGGACAUCCGACCGUACAACGGGAACGUCCCGGGUGCCACCGACAUCGGUGGCGACAGCAAGGACCGCAGCGUGGUCCUCGCGACGAUACUGUACGACGGGGACUCCGUCGUCGACAUCGCGCGCAUCCAGCAAAGACUGUCCGUUAACGGAACCGUAACCAACAGCAUCAGCCAGGACGAGCGGAGUGCCAUCCUCUACAAAGCGGAGAACCGAGUCCUGUUCUGGCUGUUGAUCUUCCUAGCCAUCCUGCUAGCGCUGGGUAUCCUAACCCUGCUGCUGUGCUGCAUCUGCCCUUGGUGUCCGCUGUACGCUGCCACGAGAAAAAGAGUAAUUAGAGUCAAUAGUAUCGAAGAUGAUGUACAUCUUGUUCAUAGGGAACAAGGCAUUGGAAAACAGUCAAAAUCUGUCCAGGUCGCGGAAUGGAUGGGACGAAGAGAAGCCUGGUCGGCGGAUCGAUCGUCCGAUUCCCGUACAAAGCCGACGCGUUGGGAAUUUAGAGGAAGACGACACGCUAACAAAGCACUAGCCGCGGCGGCGGCCACCACCGGCGGCAGUACCCAUCACGGGCACGACAACCGCGGCAACACCAUUGGCGAUGACGAUGAUGACGGAAGUGGCGGUGGUGGUGGCGUAGGGAUCGACGGUCAUGGAGCAGGGCGCCUGGUGGAGAAGAAAACCAUGACCGACGGCGGUGGUAGUGGCAAAACGAAAGACCAGACUGUUAAGAUUAGAAACGAAUACAAAUCCAAAUCGGCCAAAAAUCACGGACCUGGCGGCGGCGAUGGAAGAGGAGGAGGAGGCGGUGGCGGCGUCGGUGGCGGGGAUGGCCUGCACCGGUCCCGCAGCAAUCUGCUUAAUAACGAAGCGCGCGAAAUGUACGUCGAGGAUGUGGACGAGCACGAUCCGGAGUACCAGACGUUGCGGCGGGUUCAUCAGAUGCCGGCACAUACCCAGAUCGAUGACGAUUCCAUGCGGCGGCACGAGAUGGACCGGGGAAGCGACCUGAACUACGAGCGGAGGGGCAGUUUUAAGCGGCAGGGUGGAUUGGGGGUCGACGAUUCGCUGGAACCGAGGGAUCAGUACUAUAUAAAGGAUGGCAAUGCGGAGAUUCUGAGGUUGAUUACUCGAGGGAGGAACGAGGAGGAGAAUAUCUAUGUUAAUGUUCCGCAGAGGAAUGCUGGAAGAGGAGGUGGCGAUGGAGGUCAGGGACAGUACAUCAUGGUGGAUAACGGUGGGAAGGAGAUCUUAAUGAGGAGGUACAUUGAGGAACAGGCGAAUGGGAAGCAGAUCAUUAGGGAGCACUACCAGUUGCUUCCUGGAACGACGUUCAUACAGACAAUCCCGAAUGAAGUUCCUGGGUAUCGAGGGGAUCACGUCACCGAGGUGAAGAUUGGUCACGAGCAGAAGUCCAAUCGAGGAGGUUCAAUGAAAGACGACGAUGAGAAUGAAAUACAGAUAACGCAUGCAGUGUCGAACCAUUCUUUGAUACAACAGGAAUUGGAGACAUCGUUGAAGCAACAGAAUGCACUGCUCAGACAGAUAUUACUGGAAAAGGAAAAGCUCGAGGAGAAGUACAAGGAGCAAGAUCAAGCUCUAGAGACGCAGAGUCUUCCGUGCCAGGCGGUGGUUGCGACGCAGACAGAUUGCGAAACGGCAACGCAGACCGAGCCGGUGAAAGUUGAGCGAAGGAGAACCAAGAGCGAGAACGAUGAUUCCUUCUCGGAAGACGAGUACGAGUAUGUGAAGUACAGUCCGCCAGAUAGCCCGGAUGAUGUGUAUCUGAUCAAGCGAAAGCGCACACGCAAGAAGACCAAGUACAAGUCUGACGGAGAAGCAAAUGGGAGGGGAGGAAAGAGGUUUAUCACAGUGGAAUCGGUUAAGAGGAAAAUCCGGACGCCAAUCCAAGAGGAGGAGGAGCCAAGGAAGACACCGCCGCGGCACAGUGAAACACGUGCAAGCAUACUGAGGCGGAAGAAGAACGAAGAGAGACUGAAGAAGGAUGUGCUGAUGGAGAUAUCCGAUUCACUGGAGGAUAAAGAAACCAAAAAGAAGGACAGGCGGAAGAAGGUCUACAAGAAAAAUGUGAAGUACUUCGAGGAUUCUGAUGGAUCAGACAAGGAAGUGGUGCAGAAGUAUUUCUCUGCGGACAGUUUGGACAUCAAUUCGGACGUGGAAGACUACACGUAUGAGGUGACGACGUCCAAGUCGGUGACAGUUUCGCCGCGGUCCGGCGUCCAACAGAGGAUAUCCAGGAAAGACAACAAAACGGAGACCACUUCCACGAGGAUACGACUGACUACAUCCGAAUCGCCUUCCCGCGCGCAGAAAGGUCCUGCACCCAAACCUCCGCGUAUGACCAAGUCAUUGUCCAAGGAAAGGUUGGAAGACGGUCGGGAUAUUCCUGCGAAAUACAUGGAUUGGUACCAUAACCUCAAAGACGAUUCCCUAGAGAAAAGACCUGCCAAGUAUAAGGAAUACGAGAAGAAAUCCGUGAAAAAGAAGCUUGUUUCUUCUUCAUCCAAGGAAGAUGAACCUAAAAUGUCUAAGCCUGAGCCAGCGCCGCGGACUUCUCCGCCAAAGGAUGCUCGCCUCCUAAAAGAAGACAUCCAGCUGGCGAAGAAGGUGCAAUCGCAGUCUGUCAACGAACCCACCAGCCAUCCUCUGCUCCAGCACUCCGAGCACAGAUUCGAAGCCGAAUACGACCCACAUUCUCAAGUUCCUCCUCCCGCGGACAAGCUUCCGCACUACCUGUACCCGGAAACACCUCCGAUCGUGAAUCGGGACAACAAGGUCCAGAUCAAGAUCGUAGACUCCUCCAUCAGCAAACCUUCCCCCAUUCACGAGAACGAAGUGAAAGAACCGAGGCCACGACUCUCGGAACCAUCCUCGACAACGACGGCGACAGCCCCCGGAGCAACAACAACCACCAAAACCCUGAACGCGUCCACCUUGGAGGACGACCACGACUCCGGCAUUGCCAUGAACUCGCUGCUGCACAACAAGAGCAAACGGCACCCCAUCACGGACAAGAAGAGCAUCUUCACCAUCGCGUACGACGACGUGCGCAUCCGGCAGAUCCGAUCCGAGAGCGACACCCCGCCGUUCUCCUAACAGCGACGGGAACAGUCUGCUCAGCUACCUAGCAAUAGGCGGACGAGCGAGCAGCACGACGACCACUCCGAAGCCGAAGAGCAGCUGCAGCAACAGCAACGACGAGGACGCAGCCAAUAGCAAUAGUUGGCAGUUUGUCAGCGGAGCGCUGUCCGAUGAGAGCGAGGGAGAGGCGGAAGGCGCAUUCAGAGCAGGCUUCGUACGUCCAGCGUUGCCAUAAGUUAAGUGAAGUGCUUCCCUGAAUGUCAGCAAUCCCCGGAACAACGUGUUUCUUCGAGAAAAAUUUUCCUACAAAAAAGUACAAAGAAAGCUAGCCGUAGACUACGGCGUUUCAUUUAUCGUUAUUGCUGGGACAAAUACACCAUCACUACGAAAACAAGAAUUCUGGUUGAAUUCCAAUAGGAAUUAUAAUCGGAUUCCAUUAGGACACUUGAUCAAAUCCCAUGAGGAAUUCAACUGAAAUUCCGAGAAGAAUUCUGUUAAAAUCCCAUGUGAAAUUCAGGAGAUGUUCCGUGAAGAAUUCUUGUCGAUGAGGUCUGGUAGAUAUUCAAGAGAACACCUAGGAAAUUCUUGUACAGUCCCAUCAUAACUGUAAAUGAACCGCCGUGCAUAGAUCUAACCUCGGCACGUCGACGGAUCAUUUCCGUCGUAACGCGACGACUGUAAGCAUGUUCUAAAACCCAAAAGGAAACUUAAAACUGCCAUAAGUACUAAGUUCACUUUUAUCCGCCAUGUGUGUGCAGACACGUGAAUAGAGCCAUUUUAUUCCUGUAGCUAAAAAAGACAAAACCAUGUAUUAUAUAGUACGAUUUAGUUGUUAUCCAGGAGCAUACACAUACGAAAUGAAAAGACAAAAAAUAGUAGUUUUACCACGAACACUAUCGCAAAACCCUGCCCGUCCAGCCGCCAAUAUUUUGCCGUUGUUGUCAACCAACAGUUGUUUUAAUGAUGAUUGUUGUUACAUUGGUGUUUUCUUAUUCCUAAAUCGUUUAGUGGUGCAGUACCCCUACAAAGUGUCAUUUCUAGGUGAUAAGCUACUGUGUAAAUUGUUCGUUUUAAUGUUGUAAGUACCUAAUCUACGUUCGCCCUGUACAUAUUAGUCCCCCGCAAGAAUAGAAAGCGAAUCAAUCAAUCGUGAUAGGAACACGAAGCAAUCGAAUUCCAUGACUUCCCUCUCUUUAGGAUAUUGUCACAACUGUUUUACUAUUUCAGUUUAACUCUAGUUAUUAAAUAACUAGUCUCCCGUAAAACUUACAGCGACGAAUUCGCAAAUGUCGUCCUUCAUCUUCCAGAGUCGAAACGAUGCAAUCACUCAACGUGCGAAUAGCUUUUUGUUUGAACAAGAAAAAAUGUUUUACAAUUGUUGUGUUUUUGUUUAUGCAAAAAUCAAGCGAAAAAAAUAGUUGUUAUGAGAAUCAAAACAAGUGAUUGCAAGUUAAUCUAAUCCGCGUUCUGUGUUAUGUAUGUAUAGGUUUCAAAAAUACUACUCUGAAUGUUACACGUUCAGUUUUCCGGUACAAUACGGCUCCGAACUUAAACUAUGGAAGGACCAAGUGCCUUCAAGACCUGUAAAAUAUAGUCAGUAAGAUUUGUGUAAAAAGUAUGUGUAUGAUCAAGUGGCGUAGUCAGCAGUAGUGGCUCCCACUAUAUUACCGCUCCCCUUUUUGUGGAUAGUAGGUACUCGUAGUGUCCCUGUGUAUAAGAAGUUUAUUAGUUACUUAAAUCGAAUUGUGUGAAUUCAGUACACUACCGUAGCGAAAGCAGACUAAGAAAUAUAAAAGACGAUAUUUUGAAUAA